AUGCGAGUACGAACCAUGGAGAGAGAUUUAGCUGCGAACAAACGUAGAAGAAUAAUGGACGCAAACAAAGAAAAUUUGUCCCUCCUGUUAUCAGUCAAACCAGUGAGAACAGACGAACAACUAGCCAUGGAUGAUGCCAGGGAACAGAACAGAAUCAAACACUUAUCAAUAAUUGAGUGGGUAACAGAGGUGAAUGCAGUUAUAUUUCCAGACGCACCAAGUCUUGUACAACAAGAUACGAACCAACCAUACUCCGUCAACAAAUGGCUUUGA